AUGACCUCCAUCAUCUCACGACCAGUCGUGGCCAUUGCCGGUGCUACCGGUCACCUUGGACGCCAGGUCGCAUCAGCCUUCCUUUCUCCUCCUUUCAACGAAAAAUUCUCUGAUGUCAUUCUCCUCUCACGAAGCGAAACUUCACCAGAACCAUCUUCAGAGUCCGUCGGAAAAUAUACUACACGAAAGUACGAUGAGGAAAGCCUCGUCGAAGCCCUUCGUGGAGUCCACAUCCUCGUAAACACCGUCGGACCCUGUGGCCAUGCAUUCAAGGAGAAACUACUACACGCCCUCCCACAUACCGAGGUCCAAGUCUACUUCCCCUCUGAAUUCGGAGUUGAUCAUUAUGUUCAUGAUUUCCCGCAUUUAGAAUGGGAUACGAAGAAGAAGCAUUUUGCUUUGGCGCAGUCAUUGAUCCCCGAUAAGAAGAUCUGUCGUGUCUUUUGUGGACUCUUCAUAGAGGAUAGCGUUGGGCCGUGGUUUGGCUUCAAUACUAAGAAUGGGCGAUAUGAGAGUGUCGGAUCGGCUAAUUCGCCUAUAUCGUUUACCUCGUUAGAGGAUGUGGGCAAGGUGGUUGCUUCGCUGGCUACUCUGCCAAAGGAGAAAAUUCCUGAUACUGUUCAUGUCGGGGGUGAUACUCGCAGUUUCCUCGAAAUCUCUGAAAUUAUGAGAGAUGGUGGAGCAGGACGGAUUGAGGUAUCUGAGACUCCUCUCCAGAAGUACAAGGAGGAUGUCACUUCCACAUCUUCAUGGGAUCCAGCACAGUACUUGCGGUUUUUGAUGGGGGAGAAUAAGAUUAAUCAUAGUGUGGGGGCUCUCGGGGAUGACAAUGAGCUUGUCAAUCCCAACGAAGAGUUGUGGAAGUGGAAGAGCUUGACAGAUUUAGCCCACGAGACCGGUGGAAAGCCUUGGAAGGAUUUCCCCUGGCCUCCAGCGUAA